AUGGUAGAGCCAUCAACUGGUUAUAUUACAGCCAACAAUUUACCUCCAGAAAUUUUACUGCAUGUUUUCAAUCAUCUUGAUACUGCUGAUUUAAUUAAUUGCAUCUAUGUAUGCUCCACUUGGAGACAAACAGCACUUGACAGUUGUUUAUGGCAAAGAAAGUUGGUAACAAUUUUAAAAACUCAGUGGUCUACUCUGAUAUGUGAUUUUAAGCCCAAAUAUGCUCCGAACCUACAAAAGCUACAAACAGUUCACCCUUACAAAAUAUAUCAUUUCCUUAAGAAAUAUGUUCCUCAGCACUUACUUUCUGACCAGAAAGAAGUAUCCAAAGUUCAACUUUUGAUUAAUGAUGUUAAUGAAGUUAGUCCUGCUUCAGCCGCAUCUGUAGGUCAAUCAACAAAUCGUUUAUCAUUCAGUGAAUUAUUUUGGAAUUGGUGGAACAGUUUUAAACGUAGAUUGUCAAUUCAUCAUAAUUUACGUUUGAAUGGCGUAAAUCGUCAACGUUGUCGAUUUGCAGUGUUUGGACCUGGUUUUGACCAAAGAGCUACAAGUUGCUUAUUUAGUAAAUUGGUUGAUGUAAAAACCAAAUCAUUUGAACCAUUAAAUAUGAUACCUGGUCGAAUGGGCUUCGGUGCUGGACUUACACUUCGACUGUAUAAUCAAGCUCAAAUGGCAGCAUUAGAUUCUUCUGUAUACCUUUGUGAUAAAAUGUUAGAACAUUCAAAAAAUGAUUGUAAAAAGUAUACUCUGAAGGAGACAUUUACACCCAAUUCACAAGCUAUCAAUCAUUUGAGCGAUUUCAUAUUCGAUUUACAUUACCUCUAUUCGUUAAGUGGACAUUUAAGUCAUAAAUUCAGUAGUCAACUAGAGCGAAUUCAUGCUAGUCGUCUUUUUAAUUAUUCAAAUUCUGUUGAUACUUCAAGUAUCAAUUCAUCAUCCUUGAACAAAUUAAUGGUAAGUAAUGAAAUGAAAUGUUUACUGCAAGGUAUUUGUGGAAUAAUUUAUGCUCUUGAUGCUAGAGAAACAACUGAACAAGCUUUUUAUUUAUAUACUGAACUAGUAACUGUAUUAAAAGGUUUUCCUAAUGAAAUAGCACAUAAAGUACCAAUUGUUAUUUUAUAUAUUAUGCCAAUUGAAGAUAUAUUGCAAAAUAAUAAUACAGAAAAUUACAUUCAUUCAAAUUCAAUGAAAGAUUCUACUGGAACAAAUCAAAUCUAUUUGAAUCGUGAUAGUUACAGCGGUGCAGAUUAUACAUACUCAUGGUGUGGUUCAUUAUUACAACCUCUGACAUGUUUACAUUUGUUUGAAUUACAAAAUCCAUGGCGUUUACAAAAAUGCGCCAGUAACGAUAUAAAAGCGGUUAUUCAAAGUUUAAUGUGGUUAAAAUCUAAACAUCCAAUUAUUCAUAAUAAUACAGUGACUUCGAUGAAUGUGAUGCGUGCAACUUCUGCAACAUAUUGA